AUGGUUUUGUGUUUAUUUGUGGAUUGCCACGCAAGAAGUGGUCGAGACAGAAAUGUUUCCUUCUUCAGAGUGCCGGUUAUUGAUAAAAAGAAUGGUGAAGAAGCUGAAGAGCUUUCAACAGAGCAUCGAACGAAGUUGAUCACAGCUAUAAGCAGAGAUGACUUGACUGAACAAAUCUUAAAAAACGACCGUGUUUGUAGUCGCCAUUUUGUCUCCAGUCAUCCAGCAAAACCCUGGGAUAAAUACAACGUUGACUGGGUGCCAACACUUAACCUUAGACACACAAAAAGGAAGGCAGAAGACAUGGGGAAAGCAGUACAGGAACGAGCAGAGAGAGCUAAAGUUAGGAGGAAGAAGAAGCUUAACAGAGCAAAAGCGAUGAUCAAAGAGAAUAGACUUCGGUUGAAUGACGAAGGAACCCAAGUCUCUAAUAUCUUGUUUACAUCUACGAGCGACGAUUUAGAUACAACAACAGAAGAAUUUGUCUUGUCGUAUGGAGAACAAGAGCUUGGUGAAAAUGAAAAAUGCCGUCAGGCCGAGGUCAAAAGCUUUGACGAGAUGAGUACUCAGACCGAAGUUUUGACACGUACUCCUAAGCUUAAGUCUUAUGAUGCCUCUUCACAGACUGACGAGUUUGAUUAUUUAUUUAAUACAAAUAAGAAAGUAACUGACUUUGGCAAAGAGUAUUUUAGGAAUAGCGACAAUAAAGUACUAUUUUAUAUUGGCCUUCCUUCUUAUGAAAUCGUGAACUUUGUGUUUGAACUCGUGUCACCGUCUGCUUCUCGUCGCUCCAAAACACUGAGUCCUUUUAAAGAAUUUGUUAUGGUCCUGAUAAAGUUGAGAUUGAAUGUUCCUUUUCAAGACCUAGCUUAUCAGUUGAACAUCUCAGUUCCAACAGUUUCAUGGACAUUUCAUUCUUGGUUGAUAACUAUGGAGAUAAGAUUGUCUCCAUUUAUCCACUGGCCAGAUCAUGAAAGUUUGAUAAGAUCAAUGCCACAAUGCUUCCAGUUCAGCUUUGGAACUAAAAUUACUGUUUUGAGAUUUUUAUUGAGAAACCUACAAAUUUAUUUGCUAGAGCACAAACAUUCAGCUCCUACAAACACCAUAUUACCAUCAAGGUCUUGA